AUGGAUGUGCAGACGGAGAACAAGGAUCCUCCACCACCAUCCGAGACGCAGCCCAGCGGGAAAAUCAGAAAGGGUUUCAAGCUGUUUGGGAAACGCAAGCCUGGUAACAUAUUUUCUAUUCGAAGCAAGAGCGAGAGCAACAACAAGUCCCCACUGCACCGGAGCAAGACUCUGGAUGUGCCAGAUUCUGCUGCUAAUGACUCAGAGGGGGAAAAGAUUGAAGGAGACGAGGAGCAGGGAGAGGAGGGACCACUGGGCGAAGAUGGCGUGCUGGCGGCCGCUCCUGCACGAGCAUCCAUCUCCUCUGCCUGUUCGGCCAAGUCUCUGGGCUUCCUCUCAAUCCUCAGAGGUGGUCGGAGGGGAACGGGGGACCGUAGAGUGCACACCGUAUCCCAGUCCACAGGGCGCCAGCGCAGGGGCAUCAAGGGGUUGUUUGGAAAUGUAAAGUUUCGCUCAAAGGACAAGGAUGAGAAGGAAGAGGUCCCACCAAGUCCGCUGUUAAUGUCAUCCAGGAGUAACAGCGUGGAAAUCAUCAAAGAGGACCUGACGCUGACCCCCAAAUCGCAGCCACGUUCUCUGGGCAGCCCCGGGACAGAGAGCUCGGACCCCACCAUCCAGAGUCUAACAGCUCAGGACAGCUCAACCACGUCCCCUACCAGAGCUGUGACCCCAGGCAGUGAGCCCAGUGAGUCACUACCUCUCGCGCAGGCCCCCAUGGCUCCCGGUGAGAACAGCCUGAGCACGCUAUUGGCUGACAUCUCCUCUCUCCUCACCUUUGACUCCAUCUCGGGAGGUGGGGACAUCAUGGCGGACGUGGAGGCCGAGUGGGGCAAAGCCAGUGCAGCUCUUUUAAAGCCCCUCUCGUCGCCCUCGUCCUCGGUUUCGCCUCAACACUUCAACUCUGUUCACGCCGCGCUGCCUUCUUCGCCGGCUCCAUCCUCUCCCAUGAAACCCAGCAGCAUCAUCACCACGUUGACCAAAUCCACAACCCCAACCCUUGCCGCCUACGCCACUUAUCUCAUCAAAGACGACAACAACAGAAGUUAA